CCCAUUAUAAAUGAAUAAACACGUACACAAUCUUACUUAGUAGCGUUUUUGACACUUUUAUCACUGAAAUUGACUCAGCCUUGAGCUUUCACCUCUCUAUGUUAGAAAGAAAAAAAGAAAAAAAAACUGUAGAUUGUGUAGAUCCUCUCCCAUAGUCCCAUCUCAAGCAACAAACCUAACAUACCAUAAAACCCAAAUCACAAAUUAAAAACAGAAUUUUUUAAUUUAUUAUCUCUUUUCUCUUUUCCUCUUUUUUAUUUUUAAUUUUUUUUUAAAAGAAAACAAAAUAGAGAGCGAUAUGGAAUUUGACGAGCACGAAGACCAAGAGGAAGAGGAAAUGGGGAUCCCGGAGCCGCCGCCUGCGCCGCAGGGUUAUGACUCGUUUGGAAACUCGGCGGCGAGGUCCAAAUCAGAAGGAGGAGGAGGAGGAGGAGCUGCCGCCGUGACACCUGGUCGGAAAGGUGGAACCGGCGUCAGGUACAGAGAAUGUCAGAAGAAUCACGCGGUCAGUAUCGGUGGCCACGCCGUUGACGGUUGCUGCGAGUUUCUAGCCGCCGGAGAGGAAGGAACACUGGAGGCCGUGAUCUGCGCUGCCUGCAACUGCCACCGCAAUUUCCACCGCAAAGAGAUCGACGGCGAGACAAGCCCCUACCACCAGAACACUCCUCGGCCUCAGCAACCGCCGCAACCGCCUCUGCACCACCACCAGUACCACCAACACCAUCAAUUCUCCCCUUACUACCACCGCGCACCGCCUCCUCCUACCGGCGGAUACCUCCACCUGUCAACUCCGCCGGUGUCGCAGCACCGGCCUCUAGCUCUUCCAGCAGCCGCAUCAGGCGGCGGUGGAUUCUACAAAGAGGAAGAAGACAUGUCAAACCCUAGCAGCAGCGGCGGCGGCGGCGGCGGUAGCGGAAGCGGAACAAAGAAGAGGUUUAGAACGAAAUUCACACAGGAGCAGAAGGAUAAGAUGCUUGCAUUCGCGGAGCAGUUAGGGUGGAGAAUCCAGAAGCAUGAUGAAUCUGCAGUUGAGAAUUUCUGCGCUGAAACCGGUGUUAAGAGACAUGUUCUCAAGGUUUGGAUGCAUAACAAUAAGCACACUCUCGUCAGGUACUUGCAUUGUGUUAUGAAGACGAGGUACCUCGUCCACCAUUAUUAUUAAUUCUUCUCGGACUUCACUUUCAGUUAAUUUUCUUCUUUUCUCUCGAUCUGUAUGUUAGGUCGCUGUUUCUUUUUUAUUUUUUAUUUUUUAUUUUUUAUUUUUUAUUUUUUUAUUGUGCUUUGAAAAUCCGAUUCGGCCAUUGGCGUAUCAAAAUGAUGACAGAAAAUAAUAAAUAGAAAAUGGAAAAUGAAAAUGACUGAGUAUGAGUGGGUGAAUUCACGCGGCGUGGUGUAGUACACUGUUUGUGGGUGCAGCAGCAUCAUCACAGAUCACAGUCUUUUGCAGCUCAGAUGUGUGCAGAUUUCAGAACCUUUUUUUUUUGUUUAAUCUGAUUAUCAUGAUCAUGAUCAUCAACACUGCUCCACGCUAAUGCUACCUCUUCAUUUCCAACCUUUUUUUUUAACCCCUUUAAUUUGUCUGUUUCUGCUUUGUUCUUUGAUUCUUUCUCUUUGCCUAACUAGUGUAAUUAACGAGUCUAGUUAGGUUUUAUUUUGCUUAAUAACUACUAAUUAGGGUUAUUAACUUAUUACUGCUUCUGCAUGUACCACCGAGAAGGACCAUAUAUCUUCAGUUUCCUUAUUAUUGUUGAGAAUAUAUUAAGAAUAAUCGUCUUUAUUUUGAGUUACA